CGUUUGAUUUGAUGUAGUUUUCUAUUGGUUGAACCCAUACUUGAACAAUCGACGUAGGAACGAGAGACAAGACGUGGAAAUAAGAUACAAUUAUUUCUUAAUGUUGAGCAUUUUUAGUAUGGCGUUUCCGUUGAUCGACGGUGACGUCACGGCAUCCAGCAAACCAAAAUCGAAAAGUCGUCGGCGCAACAAUAGAGAUUUGCACCGAUUGAAUACUUUUCAUGUCGACAAUUUAUGCCCCGAGCACGUUAUUACCGCAUGGAUUUUACUUUUCUCUUUAUAUUUUACUGUAUUUGUUGUUCGUCACUAUCUUUUGGGUUGUCGGGGCUAUUUUUGUCGUUACAGGUGGUGUCCAAAGGGGGGCGCCGCGUCAUCUGAAACUCGAAAGCUGGAACCUGGGAGGUUCGGACGCACCGGUCGCGCUUGCUUGCUCCAUCAGUAGUCAUGAACCCGCUGGACGGCGAGAAAGCGGACGGUCGGCAACGUCCGUGGGCCCGCUUCUCAUCGUGGCUCGAGUGUUUGUGUGUGGUCACCUUUGACCUGGAGCUCGGACAAGCCAUCGAGCUGGUUUACCCACCUGACGUGAAGCUGACCGAGAAGGAGAAAAGCAGCCUGUGCUACCUUUCCUUCCCGGACUCGUACUCUGGAUGCAUCGGGGACACCCAGUUCAGCUUCAGGAUGCGUCAGUCUGUCGGUCGCAGACGUCCCCGACUGUGCCACGACCUUUACGGCCAAGAAGCCCCAGCCGCCCUGCAGAGCGAAACGUCGCACUUCUACGGUUACGUCUACUUCCGGCAAGUCAAGGACGUGUCGGUCAAGCGAGGGUACUUCCAGAAGUCUUUGGUUCUGGUGUCGCGGCUGCCGUUCGUCCAGCUCUUCUACUCAGUGCUGCGCAUCAUCGCAUCCGACUUCUUCGCCAAAUCUCAGCCCUGCCUGGAAACAGUGUGCAAGCAGAUGGACCGCUGGCCUUUCCUGGCCGCUGGACUGACCUUUAACCUCCCACUCUUGGGUGUGGUCUUGCAGGUCCGAAUCCCGUGCCAGACGGACAAAGCGGCGAGUCCAGCAAGAGACUUGGUUGAGGAGGUGGUGCCGACCCCGCUGCCUUCCGUGCACGAGCUGGACCUCUGCAGGUGUUUCCAGUCGGUACUGAUCCAUCUGCAGAUGUUGUGGGAACUGGCGCUGCUGGGCGAGCCGGUGGUCGUCAUGGCGCCGUCUCCGGCCGUCUCCUCGGAAAUGGUCUUGGCGCUUGUCAGCUCCAUCGCUCCGCUCAAGUUCUGCUGCGAUUUCCGUCCCUACUUCACGGUCCACGACAGCGAAUUCCGAGAAUACACCACCAGGACGCAGGCGCCGCCCAACGUGAUCCUGGGCGUGACCAACCCGUUCUUCAUCAAGACCUUCCACGGCUGGCCUCACGUCCUGCGACUGGGAGAGAACACCAAGCUGUCAGGCGAGGUCCCGAAGCAGCUCAAAAUCAAGAAAGUGGCCAAACUCAAGACGCCAGACGCCAAGCCAGGUUUCUUCACGGCCUACGAGAGCUUCCUGCUCAAAGACAAGAUAGUCAUCAAACGUCUGCUGAAGGGUGUCCAGAGGCGUCGGCCGUCCGAGGUGCAGAGCGCCAUCUUGAGGAGGCACUUUUUAGAGCUGACUCACAGCUUCAUCAUCCCGCUGGAGCGCUACAUGGCCAGCCUGAUGCCGCCGCAGAGGUCCAUCACGCCGUGGAAGACGCCCCCGCAAAUUCGCCCCUUCAGUCAGGAUGAGUUCAUGGCCGUGCUGGAGCACGGCGGCCCUCAGUUGACCUCCACGCUGCGAGGCGACCGGACGGGACUGUACAGGAAGUUCUUCAAGUCUCCCAAUUUCGACGGCUGGUACCGCCAGCGGCUCCGAGAGAUGACUGGCAAACUGGACCGACUCCACCUGGAAGUCAUCUGCGAGGCAGACCUGCCGGGAUGGUCUCGCGACAAGUCUGAAGUGGAAAUCGUCGAUUUGGUUCUGAAGCUGCGAGAUAAACUGACAAAAGCCGCGAGGCAGCGAGGGCAGCCGAGAGAUGACAUUUUCAAGCGACUGGAAUCGUUGAUCGCCACCAUCGUGAGCUCGCUGCCCCAAGACCUGCGAGACGUGCUCGAGGCCCAAUGAAGCACGCACGCACGCACGCACGCACGCACGCACGGCAGGUCGGUGAACGUGAGGCGGUCGGAAAAGUCACGCACAGGUGCCCCAUUGACCACCUGGAGGAAAGGAAUCCAUCAAGUCCCCAUUGACUGGUGACAAGUCAACAUUUAUUGCCAUCUAACUGGCGGGGAAAAAGAGAGACACGUUCAUUUGCAAACAGAUCAUCUGGUGUGGCUGCUCCACCAUGGCGCUCCCUGCUGCCUGAGGACACAAUGUUUCUCCUGCGGACUGAACUGAAGGAUGCUGAGAAUGGCGUUGAGCGUCUGCUGCCUGCCGCUGGCGUCGGGCAGUGUCAGGAACUUGUAGAUGACGUUCUUCAGGUACUCCACGUUGGAGCCCUCGCGCUUGCGCUCGCGGUUCAGCUGGUCCAGCUGCGCUCGAAGUUGGCACGUCUCGUCGUCAUGACGUUGGGCGCUGGCCGCCAGUUUGCCGUGCAGCCGGCGGAUGUCCUCCUCCAGCUGACGCUUCUGCCGCCUCAGGCCCGCCGCCUCCACUUCCUUUCGGGACAGCUGCUCAGCGUAAAGGAGGAGCGCGGGCUGGGCGGGCGCGGCCUGCCGGAGGGCUCGCGCCAUCACGUCCGCCUGCCUCUCCCCCUCCACUUUGCGGGCGCUGACGUCCUCUUCAGUCAGGGAUUUGGUGGCGGCUCGCAGGAGCUCCAGCUCCCGGUCCUUGUCGCCCAGCAGAGCCACGGUCCGCUCCCGCUGUUUGUGCAGCUCCGCCUCCAGACGCAGCAGCUGGUCGCAGUGGAGCGUCUGGUUGCGCUCGGCUUCCUGCCGCUGGCAGCGCAGCAGCGCCGCUGUGCGCUGCUGCUGCUCCUGGAGCUGGCGCUGCUGCACGGCUGCCGCCUUGUCGCUCUCCCCGCGCAAGCUGAUGUACUUCUCCCUGAGGUCGGCCAACUGCUCACGGACCUCCUCCAGCUCGCGGGCCGCGCAGGCCUCCUUGGCAGCGUUGUCGCCGCUCUUGGGCGUCGCCUACACGGAAAGACCUCAGCGUCAAUUAUGCAGCUCACUUUGGUCGCUAGCUACAGUGGUAGACGUUAAAGGCGGCGAGGUCAAAUUUCAACCCAUCUUGCCUUAUAGGGCCAACGAGAAUGCCAACCUUGCGCUCAUAGGCCAGGCCUUAGGCCGUUUUUGCAUGUCUUCCAUGCACUGCCACAUUGCCACAAACUCUUUCAAGAAGGCCUCGGGACAGGGACCCAACCGAGGUGGCUUUCUGGAUGGAUACCUUGGCUCGAAGCUUGUAGCGCUCCAACUCAUCUUUGAGCUGCCACAGCUCCUCCUGGCUGGCGGCGUCUCGCACCGGUUCCGGCUCGCCGAGCGGGUUCUUCUGGGCGGCCAGAAGCAGCUUCUUCACCUUCUCCAACUUGUCCUUCAGGUCCAGCUGGGAGUCAUCCGGACACCUACUGGAGAUCAGCGUUUGGUUCUCGGCGUCCAACUGCGCCAUCCUUUCCCGAAGCCUCUGAGCCGCCUGCUGCUCACGCUGCCUCGCCCUCUCGCAAGAACCCAGAAGGUCCGAGAGCUCGGACACACGCUGCUCCAGAGCGCCCACCCGCAGCUCUGCGGCGUGAGCGCGCGCCUCCUCCCGACACAUCUGCGCCAAACACACCUCUGACGUCACAUCGCUGCGCAGCUUUGGCUCAGAGCAGGGCGAGGCGAGGCGAGCUGAGCUAGACCUACCUCAUCUUUGUGCUGUUGGAUCUGGUCCUGGUGGCUGUUCUUGAGCUGGCUCAGCUCCUGUCGUAAGCCCUCUGUCCCGGGAUCCGCUUGCUUUUGUCGCUCCUCGGCGGCACGCGCUUUACUCCUCAGCUGCUCGUGCUCCUCGCCGGCCUGACUCAGGAGCACCUCCGAUUCGGCCCCGCCGUCCACGGCGUGCGCCGCCGCCAGGAAGUUGGCCUCGUGCAGCCGCAGCUCAGCGUCCUGUCGCAGGUCCCGCUCGUGCUGCAGGAUCUUUUGCAGCUCCUGCAGCUGCUGCAACUGGUCGCUUUGUUCCUGCUCGCGCUCGUGCUGCUGCGUGAUGACGCGAGCGCGGCUCUCUGCCAGCUGCAGCUGCAGGUCGCGGACCUCGGCCUGCUGCUGCGCACCCGCGGCGACGAGGCGCUCCCGCAGGUGGUCCACUUCCAACUUGAGUUGCCGCUUGUCGGCCUGGAAGCUGGCCUCCAUGCGAGACUUCUCUUGCGUCACGGUGGCCAGCGCACUGGUGAGUGUGCCCACUUGACUCCUCCACUGAACCUUUGCUUCCCCGUCCCGAGGCGUCGCUACUUCGUCGGUACGUGCGGCUUCUGGCGCAUUUUUCUCGGCCACAUCCUUGGCCGUUGGCAGGGCUUCCGCACCGUCUCCGCAGUCCUGUUGGACGACAACAUGCCCGCAGAGCCGCCCGUGUACGUCUGCAUCCUGAGACGUGCUCAAGACUUUGAGACCGGCCUCCAGGGCCUCCUUUUCCUUCAGCAGACUCUUGUACGCGUGGACCACAUCCUUGAAGCGGCUCUGGUACUGGGCCAGCUGCUUCUUCUGGCACUCAAGCGUUUCCAGAAGCUCCUUCCUGCUGGGGCCAGCCCCGAAACUCAUUGCAAACUUUUCCAUGACUCGGACUCCCUUGGCGUGAUCGGACCGGACCGGAUCCGUCGGGGCCGCUGCAAGGAUUAGGGCAGCGUGUGACGAGCAGAAGAAGCGGGAUUGUUUGCGGUCUUUGCUUUCCAAACACUGAGUCAAAGAUAAAGUUGCUCUCUCGCAGAGCCACACCUGCCUGCGGUGCCUCUGGGCAAGGCACGCAGUCUGAAGCGGAGUCGCUGACGUGACUACGCAUGCUGAAUUUGUGAGUGUCUCCCGACCGAAUCGCCGUAUUGCCUCCCUCCCCGCGACACACAACCCUGAUGACGUAGACGUAGAACUUUACUGAUACUUACCACAGUCAAGUGCUACUUGUAUCACUGGAAUCGUCUGUAAAGAUCUGUAUGAAUUAUCAGACGCUGGUCUCGUUCAAAGCAAUUAUCCUUUGACAUUUGACACAUCUGCUCAUUCAACGUGUCGCUCUCAUAGCAGCUGCGAGUUGAACAAAAGUCAAAUACUUUGAAUAAAGUUCAACUUUGCGAAGCAUCA